UUCUCAUGUCCCUGUCCGCUUCGCUGACUACUUGAUCGAAAGGGAACUUCAUUUCUACGCGGAUUGUGCAGAAAACAACGUGAAUUAGGCUGUGAUAAAACACACACACGCUCACGAUUCGCUCUUGAGAGCAAAGUGAGAUGACUUCCCUGUUGCCUUUUACUCCUCCAGUUGUGAAGCGGCUUCUGGGUUGGAAGCGAGGAGGCGAUGAGGACGACAAAUGGGCAGAGAAAGCUGUCAAGAGUUUGGUAAAGAAACUCAAGAAAACCGGCGGUUUGGAAGAACUAGAAAAAGCCAUAACAAAUCCCGGGGUUGCUACUAAGUGUGUGACGAUUCCUCGGAGCCUGGAUGGUAGAUUGCAAGUCUCACAUCGAAAGGGAUUGCCACAUGUUAUAUACUGUCGACUAUGGCGCUGGCCUGAUCUCCAGAGUCAUCACGAAUUGAGGCCAAUCGAAGCCUGCGAAUUCGCCUUCAGCUUGAAAAAGGAAGAAGUGUGUGUCAAUCCUUUCCACUACCAGCGGGUUGAGACUCCAGUUCUUCCACCAGUGUUAGUCCCCAGACAACAGUCAGAUGUCCCGCAUGAGCUGCCUAUUCUUCCCGAGUACACUAGGCCAGAGAAUGUCCCAUUCCCAACGCAAGAGCCAACAAAUUCUCAGUACCACAUUCAACCAGGUACACCAACAGAUUACAUAUCAGAUGAUGCAUGUUCUGAUAUGUCAGGUGAACACAGUCAGCAGAAUAUGCAAAUUGAUCAGCAACUGUCACCAGCUCCAGAUAGCAAUAACCUUAUUGAUGCACAGCCUAUACAGUAUACAGAGCCAACAUACUGGUGCUCCAUUUCUUAUUAUGAAAUGAAUACACGUGUAGGGGAGACUUUCCAUGCCUCUCAACCCAGCUUGACUGUAGAUGGCUUCACAGACCCCUCAAGUUCAGACCGUUUUUGUCUUGGACUUUUGUCUAACAUUAACCGUAAUCCGCCCAUUGAAAUGACGCGGAAACAUAUCGGCAAGGGUGUACGUCUCUACUAUAUUGGCGGAGAAGUGUUUGCAGAAUGCUUAAGUGAUAGCAGUAUAUUUGUACAGAGUCCAAACUGCAACCAAAGAUAUAACUGGCACCCUGCCACGGUCUGUAAGAUCCCACCUGGCUGCAACCUUAAGAUCUUCAACAAUCAAGAGUUCGCACAGCUCCUAUCACAGUCUGUCAAUCAAGGCUUUGAGGCUGUUUACGCGUUGACACGGAUGUGCACAAUACGCAUGUCAUUUGUUAAGGGCUGGGGUGCGGAAUACCGCCGGCAGACUGUCACCAGCACUCCAUGCUGGAUCGAACUGCACCUUAAUGGCCCUCUACAGUGGCUGGAUAAAGUCUUGACGCAGAUGGGGUCACCCUCUGCCCCCUGCUCCUCUGUCUCGUGAUCUAUGAGACCACGCCCAAGGACACUGACUGUGCUGAGUGGGACUCCCAAAAGAUAACUAUUUUAGAUGGGCACUACGUUGGUGCUGAAGUUUGGUUUCCAUUUUUUAUGCUCUUAUAUUUUAUUCUAUGUAUAGGCAUUUUAUCAAGACAAAAGGGUUCGACGUAUGUAUUAGGCCUCAUCGCAACUGUUAUUGUUUCAAAUGUAUCUGUAACACUCUGUGAGGCAGUCUUCAGUCUUGGCUUGCUGUCAUGCAAGUUUGUGUGUGCCAUGACUUGGGUAUUUCCUGCUAAUCUCACUCAGUGGUGACUUGGGCACUGAGCCCGUUAAACAGGCGAUCUGCAUGGGUUUAAGUGGAAAGAGGAUUUCGACUCAGUAACUCACAAAUCAAAUGCUCGUUUUACCGCCCAGUCUCAAUAGACUCAACUAUCUUAGAAAAUGGAAAAAUAAGAAGAAGUUGUAUAAAAAAGACUCAACUAUCAAACUUUUUAGAAAGUUUUUUUUAAAUAAAAGGAAUCUGGUCUUGAAAUAAUAGCCUAUUUACACCCCGCCGCCAAGGCGCUAAAACGAGCAUUUACGACACCGACAUCUAAAAGUAAUACUUUCAACAGUUAACGUUUCAAAUUAUUCAAAGGUACACAUUUAAUGCCUAGUAAAUAGUAAACAUACUGAUUAUAUUUUACUGACACGAAAGUAACUGACAUUAUUAAUUAUUAAAUGAAAGUUGAUCGCUAACGGUCAAGUUGUCAGCAAAAGAUGCGUGCGUUUCCGUUGUAACGCAUCUGGCUCCUCACUACACACCGUUUUCUCUCAGGGUCGCUAUGAUAUUCAUCCAGAAGUUGUUUGAUGUUGUCAUGUUGAUAAUAACCCUCCUAUGAGGAAUCCACAUUAGUGGCUAAAGAGUUGAGUCUUGUUUCAAGUUCGAUGGUUAGACACCCUUUCCUGUGAAAACUAAAUCCGAUUUGAGGUGGAUUACUUAAUAUUGUGCCAUAGUAAAAAUUAGAAUCGUGACACUUAAUGUGCUCCACUAGAUAUGUAUUUUGAGCCGGACGUGUUGUGUCGUAUUACAUCAAACUGGUACUGGUAGGCAGGAUGUCUGUUGAUAAAAAAGCAAUAAACUGUAGAUAGUCUGUUAA